GGAAGCAGGGCCAGGCUCGGUGCCAGCCCCCAGCCGGGGAGGCAGAGCGGGCGCGGCAGGCAGCCAGCCGGGGAGAGGCAGCGCUGAGCAGGGACCCAGCCUGGGGAGUCGGAGCCCUCCUCAGCCCUUCCGACGGCGGCAGCUGGCGCUGCGCGGGCUCCGUCAAAGGCGCCGGGGGCAGCGCCCCCGCUCGCCCGGUCACCGCGGCCGCCUCUUGCUGCGCCGGGCAGAGGCGCCUCCGCCUGCUCGCAGAACGCGCGGGGGGCGCAGCGGGACCCCGGAGGCGGUGCGGUCCCGCGACUGGCUGGCUGCGGGGCUCGGGGCUUGUGCUAGUGCCUGUGGGGCUGGGCAGGCGGCGGGGAAGCGGAGCUCUCCGGGGACCCGCGGCGGAGGGUCCCGCCCGCUCAGCGGUGGCGCGGGGCAGGAUGUGAGGAGCUGCCGGCCCCGAGCCAGUCCCCAGCCCAGCGCCCCGCGCGGCUCAGCAUGAGCGAGAUGAAGGCGAAGGACUCGAGGGCGCCUUCCUCUGCCAGGGACGGCUCGGUCCGGCUGCAGGGCCGCCCCGAGCGGGAUCCCUUCCGCGGGGGGGCGGAGGCCGUGGACAUCUCCCUGCACGGGCUGCUCUACCCCAAAAGCAGCGAGGAGGAGGAGGAGGAGGAAGACGAGCAGCAGAGGCGCCCAGAGGGGGAGGAGAGGGCCCCCCCCUCGCAGCGGGAAGGCAGCGGCUCCCCGCCCGAUAGGGACGCGCUGGACAGCGUCCUGGACACUUUCUUGGCCCCUCCGGCCCACGCCAGCUCGGCCAGCGCCCCCGCGGCUUGGUGCCUCUUCGGGGCCGAGAUCCCCGAGCUCCCCGGCGCGCUGAUGAGCCGCUGCUCCGAGCACCAGCGGGGAGAAACCGCCGCCGCCGCCCACCAAGACAGCCCGGCUGCAAACUCGGGCUCUGUGCCGCCUCCGGCCCCGGCCGCCUCCCUUUGGCCGGGCGGGGGCCCCCCGGCAGCCGCAGCGAUGCUGCCGCCCCAGCGGGAGGGCGAGGGAAGCGCGGGUGGGCCCCCCGCGGCACUCUCCGAGGAAGAUCACGGCUUUGCCUCCGGGGGCCCAGCUGAGCAGGACGCCGGCUCCGGGAGCAGCCUUGCUCUUGUCCCUGCCUAUGCCGCUGCCCCCGGGCGCUCUGCGGCGGCGGCGGCAGCAGGGUCCGGGCAGGAUUUCCUCCAUGUGCCCAUCCUGCCCCUUAACUCGGCCUAUCUGGCAGCCAGGACCCGGCAGCUGCUCGAUGUGGAGGAAUACGAGAGCAGCCUCUUUGGCCGUCGUGCGUCUCCCACCUCCGCCCCCCAUGACUUCGCGGACUAUGGCUAUCCCCAGCCCGACUCAAAGGAGGAGCAUUAUAGCUACGGGGACUUCCAGCCAGCUCUAAAGAUCAAGGAGGAAGGAAUUAGUGCCACCACCCCCUACUUGGGCACCAAGACCACUCCAGCGGUAACGUGCACAGACUACACGCUGGCCCCUCCGCAGCCGAGAGCCAGCCAGGAGUCCUCCUCUCUCGAGUGUAUCCUGUACAAAACUGAGUCUUCAGUUCUGCCUGGGCCCUAUGGGCCGCCGCACUGUAAAGCAUCGGGGAGCUCAAAUUGUAUGGUUCAGCGGGACAGUCUGCCCUCCACAUCAACAGCCCCGCAAGCCUUUUACCAGCCUUUCAACCUGAACGGCCACCAGCAACUUGGCUUUCAGACAGCCGUGCUCAAAGAGAGUUUACCCCAGUUAUAUCCUCCCUAUAUCAAUUAUAUUAGGCCAGAUGCUGAAGUUGGUCAGAGUCCUCAAUACAGUUUUGAAUCAUUACCUCAGAAGAUUUGUCUGAUCUGUGGUGAUGAGGCUUCUGGUUGCCACUAUGGAGUACUUACCUGUGGAAGCUGUAAAGUCUUCUUUAAGAGAGCAAUGGAAGGACAGCAUAACUAUUUAUGUGCUGGAAGGAAUGACUGCAUAGUUGAUAAAAUUCGUAGAAAGAACUGUCCAGCAUGUCGCUUGAGGAAGUGCUGUCAAGCUGGCAUGGUUCUUGGAGGUCGAAAGUUUAAAAAGUUUAACAAAGUCAAAGUUGUGAGGACACUAGAUAUUGUUGCACUCCAGCAGCCAGUGGCCCUUCCAGAUGAAAGCCAAGCUCUAACCCAGAGGAUAUCCUUUUCACCAAAUCAAGAAGUACAGUUUGUUCCCCCACUGAUCAGCAUUUUACAGGGCAUUGAGCCAGAAGUGGUCUAUGCAGGUUAUGACAACACACAACCUGAAACCCCAAGUGCUUUGCUGACCAGUUUGAAUCAAUUAUGUGAGAGGCAACUCCUUUGUGUAGUCAAAUGGUCUAAAUCGCUACCAGGAUUCCGGAAUUUACAUAUCGAUGAUCAGAUAACCCUUAUCCAGUAUUCUUGGAUGAGUCUAAUGGUGUUUGCUAUGGGAUGGAGGUCAUAUAAGCAUGUCAGUGGUCAGAUGCUAUACUUUGCACCUGAUCUGAUACUAAAUGAACAGAGGAUGAAAGAAUCAUCAUUUUAUUCAUUGUGCCUAUCCAUGUGGCAGAUCCCACAGGAAUUUGUCAAACUACAAGUUAGUCAAGAGGAGUUCCUCUGUAUGAAAUCAUUAUUACUGCUCAAUACAAUUCCUUUGGAAGGUCUGAGAAGUCAAAGCCAGUUUGAUGAGAUGAGAGCAAGUUAUAUUAGAGAACUGGUCAAGGCAAUUGGUUUGCGGCAGAAAGGAGUUGUGGCCAGCUCACAACGUUUCUAUCAGCUUACAAAACUUAUGGACUCCAUGCAUGAUCUAGUGAAACAACUCCACCUGUUCUGUCUGAACACAUUUCUCCAGUCCCGAGCACUGAGUGUCGAAUUCCCGGAAAUGAUGUCAGAAGUGAUUGCUGCCCAGCUACCCAAGAUUCUGGCAGGGAUGGUGAAACCUCUCCUCUUUCACAAAAAGUGAAAUGUCUUUUCUCUUACUGAAGAGACAAUUUUUGUGCCUUUUUUGUUUGUUUAUUUUGAUCAGGAUUUUGCGAUUUAUUUUGGUCAGUAUUUUGCAGUGUCAGGACUUUAGGAUAUUUGUUUUAUUUACCAUACCUACCACCUUACUAUGUAAGUUUGAUGUCCAUAUUGUGCGCUCCUGAUUUAUUUUACUGUUAAAAUCACAACUGAUAUUUGUCAUAAGAAAAGUUUUGUAAGCCAGAAUAGGUUGCUCCUUAGGAAUUCACAAGAACAAUACUUAACAAAUGGAAUCUUUAGUUGUCUAAGAACAGUUAUCUUGUACAUUUUUUCUUUCAUAUUAUUCCUUUGAAAACUUGUGCUAUGACAUGGAGUAAACUUUUACACUAGUACAUUAGGUGGGUGGGUGGGUGUGCAUAUGUAUAAAUAUUAAAGGUCUAAAGAAAUUAAAAUGUACUUUAGCCACAUUUACUUAUGGAAAUUUCCCCUUUUACUUACUAACCUGCCUCUCUGAAGUAGCAUUUCAAAAUACAAUAUCCAGGUUUAGGUUGAUAGUGGUACAGUAUCUUCACAAGUAGUUAGCAUAGAGGCAACAAAAUGUACAUUUUGUGUGUGUGUGCGUGUGUGUGUGUGUCCAUACCAAAGUAAAACUAAAGCAAUUAUCCAAAGAUUGGAAGGAUUAAGGAAAUGCCAGUGUUUGCCUCCCACUGAAACCAAUGUAUACAGUAGAAUAUACACACACAUCCUGCUGUUAUUACUGUUUCUCCUUAACAAUAUGACACUUAUCAGUAAAGCUAAACCACUUAACUCUCAUUUUAAACUUACAGUAGGGGCUAUAUGAAUUAAAUUAAAAAUGUGUAUCUUUUAGAUGCUUUAAAUAUAUUUUAGUUACGUGUCUCUCUUUAACAUUCAGUAAUGUUUAAUGACUACAGCCUUUGGUGAUCAUAAUGUACUACUGGAUAACUGGACACCCAAUAAAAUCAAAUUAUAGAGAGAUCAAAUACAAAAAGAAAUGGAAAGAAUGAUUACCGAAGCUUUGAUACACACCAGUCUCAUUAUAAUGCCAUUCAGUGGACCUGUGUGAGGUUUACAAAGACAAAUGAUUAUAACUGGAAUAAUUGUAAAGGAGGGUAAUGUGGCUGUGAGUACAAGUAAAGUACCCUUAUAUGAUCAAAGAGAAUGUCAUAAUUUUUAUAAUGGGAGUGAAAUGUUUUACUGAAAAAUUGCUGUGAUAUUUUCUUUGACAUGGAUAUGAAACACCUCACAUGCAUACUUCAGUCAGUUAGGUUCAAACAAUAUAGGAAUAGCUCAAGGGCAAACAAAACCAACUAUUAGGCUACAAAAUCAUUAAAAGCAUUAGUGAUUUUAUCUGCCCUUGGAAGCCAUGUCCUAUUGCUCCAAGAUUCCCAGAAAUAUCUUCUCCAGGGGUUGGCAUGCUGAUGGGCUGGUGCCUCCAAGACGUGCAUGAGAGCAAACUACACUAAAAAUGAGAAUAAAGAUGAAAAAAACCUAGCCAAAUAGUUACAAAAACAGAACAAGCAAGAUGUAGAGAAAUGCCCCUAGAUAAGCUGGGACAAUGUCACUUUCUUUUUGAAUGACCAGAUUUGAAAUUUUGACUGUCUGUGGACAAGUGAUUUUGAUUUUUUUCUCUACCACAGCCUGACUUUAACUCUGAUCCUCAUAGCAUUUAUAUUUUAAUAAAUUAUAGGUUUAAGCUGCAAGAGUUCUUUGUUUUUGCAUUAUCAGAGUAGUGGUGGGGUUUUUUGUUAGUAGUAUUUGCAUCCACUAAUUAAAUUUGUACCCAGGCUACAUGCUUUCCCCCACUUGCUCACUAAUCCAUUGCAUAAUAAUACCAUUUCUGCA